GACACCAAUGUGGGAAGGGGGUGCGCAACUCAAUAUUAGGAGUGUUAGGUAUACUCGGUGUAUAUAUUUUUAUAUUUAAUGAUCUCCACCUCACAUAAGGCUACUAAAUAUUGAACAAUUUAAACAAUUGACCCGCUCCCCAAAAAGUGUAAAUAAUGGACUAUAAAUUGUGCCUAACUGUAUUAUACUUAUCCUAAAAGUAUAAUACUUAGCCAUUUACUUUGGUCGUAUUCUUAUCUUCUAUUAUUGUCGAGAAGGAACGUGCAAGUAAGACGAGGCAUGGCUACGGAACCAGUAAGAGUUCAAACCAAAAGUCGAGGUAAGCGUUCUCUAUUUACCUUUUGUUUUGCUAGGUAAGAACAUAGCUAGCAAGCAAGCGGUGGACGGAACGCUAGGUGGGAGAGAUGGGGGAGAGACUACUGGUGAUGAAAAAAUAUCAUUUUAUUGACUAUAUUUCAUUUUAAUGUCCGUUAUUUGAAGUCAAUUUCUUUUAAAAUAAUGUUUUGUUUUAAUGCAAUGUGCUAAUGGUAGCUAGCUGUAGAGCUAGCGUUAGCUACUGUACUGGUAGUGUCGUCACGUUAGCCUCCAGUGGCUAAACUAGCGGGAUUGAAUGAUGCACUGAAUCAUCAGUAUGGCUUUGCUGUCUGUCAAAAUAGUUUUUUCCCUAUGGUCCUAAUCAAAUUCUCACACAUACAAAACGCUGUUAGUAACUGGCUAGAACACAGCUAGUUGGCUAAAAAGAAAAGCAAAGCUACCGUUAUUUGGUUAGCUAACGUUAGCUUGCUAACUGGGCCUGGAAUGGAGCCAGGAGAUUUGCGUGUGAGCCCAGCCGGCUCAGGAGACCCCGAAGUGGGCGAAUGGAGGCAAGAGACCCCUGGUGGGGAUGCUGAGGUGAAGGGUGGGGAACCAAAUGACAAAGAAAUUAAUGGAGAUACAGCUGAAUCGGUGCUCAAAGAGAAAGACACCUUCGAGGGAGAAGAGUGUAAAGAGAAGAACGAAGGUGAACUGCACAGCCCAUAUGAAGAGGAAUUGGAUCCCAGAAUUCAGGAGGAGUUGGAACACCUCAACGAGGCCAGUGUAGAGAUCAACCAACUAGAACUGCACUUGGAUGAUGCCAGAUCAGGUUACAGGAAGAUCCUCACAGACUCAGCCAGAAAACUGAACGCCCACAGCUCCCAGCUUGGUACCUGCAUCGAGAAGGCCAGGCCCUACUAUGAGGCUCGUCGACUUGCCAAGGAGGCUCAGCAGGAGACCCAGAAGGCAGCGCUGAGCUAUGAACGGGCCGUCUCCAUGCACACGGCUGCCAGGGAGAUGGUGUACGUGGCAGAGCAGGGCCUUAUGGCUGACGGCAGGAACACCCUGGACCCCACCUGGCAGGAGAUGCUCAACCAUGCUACCUCCAAGGUGAACGAGGCAGAGGAGGAGCGCCUACGCAGCGAACGGGAGCACAUGCGUGUCACCCACUCUUGUCAGACGGCAGAGGCUCGAGUCCAGACCCUGCAGAAAUCUCUCAAGAGGGCCAUCAUUAAGUCCAAGCCUUAUUUCGAGCUCAAGGCCCAGUUCAACUACAUACUUGAGGAGCACAAAACCAAAGUGAUGCAGCUGGAGGAGCAUGUGACCAAAGUGAAAAACCGCUACUCUGUCGCCCUGCACAAACUGGAGCAAAUCAGCGAGGCCAUUCACGCUCAGAGGGGACGGGACCAUAUGGAAGAUGGACAAACCAUGGCCUGUGGUGGGCGGAGUCCCCCUAUUGGGGCGGAGUCGGACAGUGUGGUGUGUGGUGCCGAGGGCGGGGCAUGUGGAGGAGGGGCAAUAGAGACUGACAGGGUGGACAGAAGCGGAGUGGUGGAUAAGAAAAUUGGGCUGGUGGAGAAAUACAGGGAGAACGGGCGAGAGAGGCCCGAGACACAUGGAGAGAGAGCAGGGUCAGAUUCCCUCUCCGUCUUCAGUCUGCAGACCAUCGCUUCUGACCUGGAGAAAUGCGAUUCCAUCGAACACCUCGGGGAAUUUAGCGAUGUGGGCAGUCUGCCUGGGGAGGAUGGAGAGAUUGAGAGGGAGGAGAGCGGGGGAGGGAGGGAAAGAGAAAGAAAGGAAGGACAAAUGCAGCGCCAACAGCAGUUCCUGAAGCAACAUCACAGGAGCUUCAGCUUGUGAGACCUGUCCUCGCUUAUAGUUUAUCAAUUGAAAAGAAAAUAAGUGUCCGGUCUAGCUAGCUCAUUAUCCUGGCAAAGAGGAAAAUCAGAUCUGCUCUAUCUAAAGUAACCCAUUUAAACGGGUGUAUGAUACUACGUAGUAACGAAGAACAGGUACGCUGACAAGUAAGACCUGACAUUAUAAGGAGCCUGACAGGUUUUGCAUCGUAUUACAACACUACUGAAACUCCUAAACCGUACAUGCCUCUGAGAUUAGCUGCUUUACUUCCCUUAUUCUGGCAAUAAGGAAACCUUAGACAGGUAUGUCCUAGUGCAUGAAGGAACAAUCCAAGUAAGAGACUACAAUAAACGUGACAAAUGGGGUCCCUAUUCAAUCUAAAUGACGUAACUGAAUUUCUGGUGUAAGUUAAAAACAAUGUUCUCGUGGAACAAAAAAGUAUGUGUGAAUUCAUAUGCACGUCGAAUCUAGAUUUUUGUUUCACACUGUCAAUAUUGUUUAUUUUAGUACAUAAAUUCAAACGUGUAUUGCAAAAAGUGCUCGAAGAAUUUGUUUUUUAAUAUAUUAUUAUAAUAAUUUUUAAAUGUUUUUCAUAUUCUGGAAACCUGGUUUCAGGGUUCGAAUCAAAAGGACCCCAAAACACACUAAAGAGGGUUACAAACUCCAUUCUGACAACUUGUUUGAUGACAGAAAGCACUCCGGACUAUUUAUUUGGACUAUUUAUUUGGACUUUUGUUAUAUGUAUAUGAGUAUUCAGGGCUAACUAAAAAAUGGAAUAAAUUGUUCAUAAAAGAUCACGCUGACAUAAUAUUAUAUUUUACUAUUUUAAGCCCAUCAUUUUAAGAUCCUAUUGUUUAGUAUUUUUUUAAAUAAAAUAAUUUCCCAAUAUAUUGUUUAUUUAGAGCCACCUGGGUCGUAAACUGAAAUGUGCCUUGCCUUUGACACAGUACGACGCAAACAAAGACAGCAUAGCACUGGCUGCAACAGCAUACUGUUCAAAUUUGUGUAUACAGUAUUAAACUGUGGUCAACAGUUGAGAAAUACUCCCAUGAAGGACAUGCUUUUGACAAUAUGAUUAAUUUGAAUAAUCUACGAGUCAUCCUAACACUGUUUUGUCUAGACUUGUUCUAUUUUUUUACUUUAUUAAUUUGAAUAUGUUGUCUGUGUACUGCUUUGACAAAGUGGAGGGUACAAGAAAUACAUUUAAUCUAUUGAAUACAAGUUUGUGUAUAAUUACAACAUUAUAGAGAAACUAAUGAAAUGUACAAAUGUAUUUGAAUGUCCUUGAAUAGUUAUUUUAAAGGGAUCUUUAUUUUAAAGGGAUCUUAUUUAAUGCUGGUUAUCUGCUGUAUUCCUGAUUUGACCUCCGUCUGUCCCGCUCUUUACAUACUUCCAAUAUAUCCAUAUCUUCCCCUCAUUCUCUCAGCCAUAGAAAUAGAAUGACUAGUAAUUGUAUUUCUGUGCUUUCAACCCUUCAAUCAUUGUCCAUUUGAUAUCUUCCUCUUUAUUUAUUCAUAAAGUGGUGCAGUAGUGUCACCCAGCUAUAUAGUACAGUUCACUGUUGUUAUUUACAUGUAUGCAAUAUCAAACAGUUAAAGAAUAAAAUAAGAGGAAUCUUGA